GCCGCGGUGGUGGCGGCCGUGGGGUGGCGGGAGCGGAGCGCGAUGGCCACGGCGGCGUCUAACCCCUACCUGGCGGGGAACGGGCUGCUGUCGGCCGGCUCCAUCGUGCACCCGGACGGCGGCGGGGGCGGCGGCGGGGGCGGCGGCGGCGGCGGGGGCGGCGGGGGCGGCGGCGGCGGCGGGGGCGGCGGCGGGGGCGCGGGGGGCGGCGCCAUGCAGCCGGGCGGCGCGGCCGUCAGCGCCGGCGGCUACCGCGGGGACCCGGCGGCCGUGAAGAUGGUGCAGAGCGACUUCAUGCAGGGGGCCCUGGCGGCCAGCAACGGCGGCCACCUGCUGGGGCCCGGACACCAGUGGGUGGCGGCGCUGCCCCACGCCGCCGCCGCCGCCGCCGCCGCCGCCGCCGCCGCCGCCGCCGCCGCCGCCGAGGCGGGCUCGCCCUGGGCCGGCGGGGCCGUGGGUCUGGCCGGCAGCCCGCAGCAGCCGCCCCCGGGACCGGCCGCCGCCGCCGCCGCCGCCGCCAACGCGCCGCAGGGCCCCGACGGCAAGGGCGGCGCCGGGCGCGACGACCUCCACGCCGGGCCCGCGCUGCACCACCGCGGACCCCCGCCGCCGCCGCCCCCGCCGCCGCCCCCCGCACCAGGGACACCCGGGGGCUGGGGCACCGCCGCCGCCGCCGCCGCCGCCGUCGCCGCCGCCGCCGCCGCCGCGCAUCUCCCGGCCCUGGGCGCGGGCCAGCCGCCGCAGCCGCCCCCGCAAGCGCUGCUCUACACGCAGCCGGGGGGCUUCACCGUCAACGGCAUGCUGAGCGGAGGAGGAGGAGGAGGAGGGGGGGGAGGAGGAGGAGGGAGCGGCGGCGGCGGCGGCGGCGGCGGCGGCGGGGGCGGGCCGGGCAUCGUCCACCCGGGGCUGGUGCGGGGGGACGGGCCGGAGCUGGGCGAGCACCCGCACCCCGUCCAUCACCACCACCAUCACCACCCGGGCCCGCACCCCCACCACCCGCACGCGCCCCCCCCGCACCACGGAGGAGGCGGAGGAGGAGCGGGACCCGGGCCCGGAGGAGGGGGGCCCGGAGGCCUGGCGGGCCACGACCCGCACUCGGACGAGGACACGCCGACCUCCGACGACCUGGAGCAGUUCGCCAAGCAGUUCAAGCAGCGAAGGAUCAAGCUGGGCUUCACCCAGGCCGACGUGGGGCUGGCCCUGGGCACCCUCUACGGCAACGUCUUCUCGCAGACCACCAUCUGCCGCUUCGAGGCCCUGCAGCUCAGCUUCAAGAACAUGUGCAAGCUCAAGCCGCUGCUCAACAAGUGGCUGGAGGAGGCCGACUCGUCCACCGGCAGCCCCACCAGCAUCGACAAGAUCGCCGCGCAGGGCCGCAAGCGCAAGAAGCGCACCUCCAUCGAGGUGAGUGUCAAGGGCGCCCUGGAGAGCCACUUCCUCAAGUGCCCCAAGCCGUCGGCCCAGGAGAUCACCAACCUGGCGGACAGCCUGCAGCUGGAGAAGGAGGUGGUGCGCGUCUGGUUCUGCAACCGGCGGCAGAAGGAGAAGCGCAUGACCCCGCCGGGGAUCCAGCCGCAGCCGGCCGACGAGCCGUACUCGCAGGUGGGCAACGUGGCCGCCGACACCACGCCCCCCCACCACGGCCUGCCGACCGGCGUGCAGUGAGCCGCCGGGACGCGGGGGAGGGCACCAAGCAGG